UGUAUCCAUGAUAGGAAUACUCAGUUCAGGUGACAUUCCGGGAGCAGUGGAAUGACAAUCGACUCCAGUUUGACGACAUGAAUGGUCAGAUCAGGUACCUGGUGCUCACAGACCCUGAGCGUAUCUGGAAGCCCGACCUGUUUUUCUCCAACGAAAAGGAGGGCCACUUUCACGAGAUAAUUAUGCCAAACGUAUUGCUCCGUAUAUACCCAAAUGGGAACGUCUUAUACUCCAUACGUAUAUCAUUAGGUGAAUACAGUUGCUUGAAAGUGGACCUCCAGUUCAAGCGGGAGUUCAGCUACUACUUGAUCCAGAUCUACAUCCCGUGCUGUAUGUUAGUCAUCGUCUCGUGGGUCUCGUUCUGGUUGGACCCGAACGCCAUACCGGCCCGGGUAUCGCUGGGGGUGACCACCCUGCUCACUAUGGCCACCCAAAUCUCGGGCAUCAACUCAUCCCUGCCCCCCGUCAGCUACACGAAGGCCAUCGACGUGUGGACGGGCGUGUGUCUGACGUUCGUGUUCGGGGCCCUAUUGGAGUUCGCCCUGGUCAACUACGCCUCCCGGAGCGACGCCCACAGGGCCGCCCUUAAGCAACAACAGGCCUCCUUUCUGGCCCAACGCAAGUGGGACGUCGAGCACUCACAGGUGGACUCCGACCAUAUUGAGGACGGGUCGGCCGCUUUCGCUAUGCGCCCACUGGUCCGCCACCACACCCCGGGAGGGACGGGUAACGCACACGACGAGAAGCUGAGGGCGUGUGAGAUACACGUGUCUCUACCCAAGAAGAACUGGUGUAAGCGAUGGCUCUCGAAAUUCCCGACCCGUUCCAAGCGAAUCGAUGUCAUCUCCAGAAUAUUCUUCCCGUUAAUGUUCGCGCUCUUCAAUCUCGUCUAUUGGACUACUUAUCUCUUCCGCGAAGAUAUGCAGGACUUCUAG